AUGUCUUCCAACGGUGCAGUAAAAGACUCCAACGGAGCUCAAAGAAGUCGAUUGGAAUCGCGUUCUGACAAAGUAUAUAUCGGAGCAGGCAUUGCUGGUUUGACGCUGGCCCAGGCCCUACGUCGUCAUGGAAUUCCUUGUACAGUAUUUGAGCGCGAUGAGUCUGCGGAGGUACGCAAUCAGGGAUGGGGUGUUUCUAUACACUCGACCCUGACCACGUGGGAAGCGCAUAUUCUGCCAGAGGUAUAUGACGAUGUUUGUGAGGCACAGGUGAAUCCCGCUAUCGGCCGGGAGGAAGUCCGCGGGGUGCCGUGGAUCAAUGGUGCGACUGGCAAGGUUAAGCAGUCUGUUCCGAAGAGUAAGAGACUCAGGCUCAGACGAGAUGGAAUCCGGAAGGCUCUUAUGGAAGGUCUAGAUAUCAAGUGGGGGAAGCGCCUCAUAAACAUCGUCAAGGUUGAUGGUGGUGUCCGAGCUGAGUUCACAGAUGGCUCAACUAUUUUAGGAGACGCCCUUGUGGGUGCAGAUGGUUCGACUUCGAUUGUUCGCAAGUUCCUUGCACCGACAACCUACGGGUUGCACCGCCUUCCUAUCAAUGCUGUCGGAUGUGCCCUGGCUAUGAGUGAGGAAGACGUCAGCUACUUCAAAGACCACGUCGAUCCACUCUAUUUCAUGGGAACGCACCCAGAAACAGAUACCUUUGUCUUCUGGUCAUUGUUGGACACCCCCACAGCCUCCGGGCAACCCUAUCGUGCCCAAGUGUACUUCUCCUGGCUUGCAUCUGAUGCGGAUGAGGAGCUGUUGAAACAGCCCUUACUUGAUGUGUUCAAACAAAAGGGCAGACCAUUUUUCCCUCGUAUGCGGGAGAUGGUAGAGGCACUGCCUGAGGACACUGUUGUCACCAAGGUCAACCUGGUUGACUGGCCCCUUGUUGAGUGGAAUGACUGGAACGGUACCUGCACUUUAAUCGGUGACGCGGCCCAUUGUAUGGUUAUCUAUCGCGGCGAGGGAGUCAACCAUGCCAUUGUGGACGCCUGUCAACUGGCGGAUGCUAUCAAGUCAGCUAGCGAUGGACACGUGUCAUUUAGUGAUGCCAUCAGGGCUUAUGAGAAGCAGAUGCGUCCGCGUGCUAAAGAAGCUGUUGAAACUAGCAGACAAGCUGGACACGAUGCCCAUUGCUACGCCAAGGUUGAUAAGGAAGGGAGCUUUGCGCUUCUAGGUGAGAAACCAGUCUAA